CUUCCUCCUCCCAUCCGUGGAAAGAGGCGAAACAGGCGCGAUGGCGGCGAGAAGGGUUGCGAUCCUCCUUCGCUCUUCCCUCGUCCGGCCUGUCUCUCGCGGCCUCCCUACCUUCUCCUCCCUAAGUAAUCCUCCUCAUCCUCCUCUUUCCCAGCUAGAGUUGUCGCCGCCUCUCAUGACCUCGCCUGUUUUGCCUCGUCGCUUCUCCUCCGACCCUUUCCUUCUCUCCUCCCGACCCUUCUCCUCCGAUUCCGGUCCGUCGAACGUUGUUCUUCUUCAAGAUGGAGAUCAGGUCACUGCUGCGCUCGAAAAGGCCAAAGAUGUGAAGUUGCCGGCCAUAUUUUACUUCACGGCUACGUGGUGUGGACCUUGCAGGGCCAUAGCCCCAGUAAUCGAACAAUUGAGUCAGGAAUUCCCACAUGUGACUACAUAUAAGAUUGACAUUGAUCAGGAGGGCCUUGGAAGUAUACUGAGCAAUCUGCAUAUUUACUCUGUGCCAACUUUUCACUUUUUUCAUGAUGGUCAAAAGGCUACUGAAGUUGUCGGUGCUGAUGUUCAACGACUGAAGAACACAAUGGAAAAUCUCUACAAGUAA